AUGCCGAAUAAAGUUAAAAAUGAAGACUUCAAUAAAAAUAUCAGAAAUCACAUCAGAGUGACGACAAAGAAAAGUGGCUUUAUGGCUGAGAAGCGUGAGGGAAGACAGUGGAAUAUACAUUUUCCGAAGUACAGUAAAAUAAAAGCAAGCCAAUCCAUUCAGUGCAGAAAGUAUUUCAGAAAUAGAUCACAGCUUCUUGUGUGUCAAAGAAUAAAGAGACAGGGGGAACCUGAAUACUCAGAGACCAGACAUAAAUUCAUUCUCAAUAGUAAUAUUAAACAGCAUCAGAAAACCCACACAGGGGAGAAACCUUUUGAAUGUUCAGUGUGUGGAAAGAGAUUCAGUCAGAGUAGCCAUCUUCAAGAGCAUCAGAGAACCCACACAGGAGAGAAGCCUUUUGAAUGCUCAGAGUGUGGAAAGAGAUUCAGUCAUAAUGGCAAUCUUAAAAACCAUAAGAGAAUCCACACAGGAGAGAAGCCUUUUGAAUGCUCAGUGUGUGGAAAGAGAUUCAGUCGGAGUGGCAAUCUUCAAACGCAUCAGAAAACCCACACAGGUGAGAAGCCUUUUGAAUGCUCAGAGUGUGGAAAGAGAUUCAGUCGGAGUGGAAGUCUUCAAGAACAUCAGAGAACCCACACAGGGGAGAAGCCUUUUGAAUGCUUGGAGUGUGGUAAGAGAUGUAGUACGAGUGGCAGUCUUCAAAGGCAUCAGAGAACCCACACAGGUGAGAAGCCUUUUGAAUGCUCGGAGUGUGGAAAGAGAUUCAGUCAAAGUGACAGUCUUCAACAGCAUCAGAGAAUCCACACAGGAGAGAAGCCUUUUGAAUGCUCGGAGUGUGGAAAGAGAUUCAGUCAGAGUGGCAGUCUUCAACAGCAUCGGAGAACCCACACAGGGGAGAAGCCUUUUGAAUGCUCAGUGUGUGGAAAGAGAUUCAGUAACAAUGGCAGUCUUCAAAGGCAUCAGAGAACACACACAGGGGAGAAGCCUUUUGAAUUUUCCGAGUUGUGUGGAAAGAGAUUCAGUCACAAUGGCAGUCUUCAAAAGCAUCAGAGAAUCCACACAGGAGAAAAGCCUUUUGAAUGCUCAGUGUGUGGAAAGAGAUUCAGUGAGAGUGGCCAUCUUCAAAGGCAUCAGAGAACCCACACAGGAGAGAAGCCUUUUGAAUGCUCAGUGUGUGGAAAGAGAUUCAUUAUGAGUGAUCAUCUUCAAAAGCACCAGAGAACCCACACCGGGGAGAAGCCUUUUGUAUGCUCAGUGUGUGGAAAGAGAUUCAGUGAGAGUGGCCAUCUUCAAAAGCACCAGAGAACCCGCACAGGAGAGAAGCCUUUUGAAUGCUCAGUGUGUGGAAAGAGAUUCAGUCACAAUGGCAGUCUUCAAAUGCAUCAGAGAACCCACACAGGAGAAAUUCCUUUUGAAUGCUCAGUGUGUGGAAAGAGAUUCAGUAACAAUGGCAGUCUUCAAAGGCAUCAGAGAACACACACAGGGGAGAAGCCUUUUGAAUGUUCCGAGUGUGGAUAG